AAUUAAAAGUAACGUUUUAACAUUCACAUUCAAAUAAUUUGCAUAUCUCUAAUAUAUAAGUAUAUAAAGACAAGUAUUUGUAUAUAAAUAUAUAAGUGUGGAUAAUGCAUAUUAUUUUUUUUAAUUUAAUUUGAAUUUAAUUUAAUUUUUUUUUGCUUGUAAUUGUAGGAAUUAGCGAGGAUAUUAUUCAUAAUUUAAUGGAGCUUCAGUAAUUUAAAAAAACAGGAGGCACUGACAAGAGAUAAAAGACCGACGAACAUUCAUAUAAAUUUGUCGCAGGCGCGAACCCACCUGAAAUUUCAGUACUAAAUGUCAGAAUUUCUCCGACUGCGCUGACAAACUUACGAACCGUAACUGUAUUUAUCGUCGCGAUCGGAUGGUCCGUGAGAUAACGACGUGCUGAAGCCGCAUCGAGCAAGUUAUUUGAGCAAGCGAACGAACAGGAAAAGUACAUAAAUUAUUGAUGAGGAUCCACCGCGUCUCUUGACAUUCCCGCGUUCGUCUUAAUUAAUUAAUACGCUGACGAAACGCGGUGUAAGGAGGCCGCCAAAGAGGGGACGGAUUAGAUUUUAGAUCGCGUAGAUCACGGUCUCUCACGGCACGACGAGAGGGGCGACGAAUGUGCCGGGUAGAAAAAUCUAGGACAGUGAAAAUCGGUCUGUAUCGCGCGCAUCUAUAGAACGAAACGGGAGCACCGACGCGCGUACGAAUUGAUCGCCAGUUAGGUCUGGAGAAGUAAUAACUGUAGUUCAUUCCAAUUGAGGACUCGAACUCGCGCGAGAUUAAGAUCGAAUGCGAGUGAUAUCGAUCCGCAAUGCCAGCUCUCGGAGGGACAAAAAGUCACGUCCUUCACUGCGCAUCGCACUGCAGAAAUUCGACUCCGAUCUUAGAUCAGCGAAAAAACUGCCGCAAGAUGUGAAUACCAAGGGCGUGUUCGCCUGCAACGAGCUCGACUUAAAAGAAGUCCAGGUCUAUGGAUUCGAUUAUGAUUAUACGCUGGCGUGUUACAAGCCGUCUAUGGACUACUUGCUUUACAGCCUGGGGCGUGACAUGCUCAUUAAAAAAUAUAAGUAUCCAGAGGGAAUUGCCAAUCUGGAGUACAGAGAAAAUUUCGCUGUCCGCGGCCUCCAUUACGACAUCGAAAAGGGCCUCUUGCUGAAGCUCGACAGCUUCUUGCAAAUUCAAUUGGGCGCCGUUUAUCGCGGCUUACAUCCCGUGCCUGACGAGGAGGUCCUUCGAAUUUACAAGAACAGGAUAAUACCGAUAGCCUACGUGGAAGCACCCCAUAAACACUCUCACAAGAAUGCCUUACAUCGCUCGAAAAUGGUUCAAUUAGCCGAUUUGUUUUCGGUACCGGAAAUGAGUCUACUAUGCAACGUCGCGGAGUAUUUUCUACAGAAUCACAUCGAUUACCAUCCGGAGAUACUGUUUAGAGACGUUAAGAACUCUGUGCAAAGUUGCCAUCCUAUAAUGCAUAAGCUAGUAGUGGAAAAUGUAUCUGAGUACCUGGAACAGAAUAAAGAUUUGAGAAGAUUCUUCGAUCGACUUCGAAAUGCUGGCAAAAAGACCUUCCUGGUCACGAACAGUCCUUUUCAUUUCGUUAACAAAGGUAUGCAAUUUCUGGUCGGCGAAAAUUGGAAGAAUUACUUCGAUGUAGUGAUCGUACAGGCGAGAAAACCAAGAUUUUUCACCGAUGAAACGCGCCCCUUGAGAAUAUACGACGAAGUUAAACAAACGCAAUUAUGGGAUCGAGUCACUAAACUCGACAAGGGUGUCAUAUAUCUUGAAGGAACAGUUAAACAGUUGCAAGACAUGACCGGCUGGCAAGGACAUCAAGUAUUAUAUUUUGGUGAUCAUCCAUACAGCGACCUAGCAGAUGUGACAUUAGAGCAUGGCUGGCGAACGGGGGCGAUAAUAAAAGAAUUAACACACGAAAUUGAAACCUUGAACGAUCCGAAAUUUAAAGAAAACGCGAACUGGCUCCAGAUGUUGACCGGUCUAAUUGAAGACCAUCAGGAUUACGAGGGACCUGAAGUGCAAAAUGCACUGGACGAGUGGAUGAGAGAACGAGAUCAAUUAAGAAACGAGACUAAGUCUGUCUUCAACAAACAAUUCGGCUCGGUAUUCAGAACAUAUCACAAUCCGACGUAUUUCUCUAGAAGACUGUUUAGAUUCGCUGAUAUAUAUAUGAGCUCGAUUACGAACUUGCUAGAAUACUCCACGUCUCACACGUUUUAUCCUAGAAGAGGUGUAAUGCCUCACGAAUAUACUAGUUAUUUCGUAUAAAGUGUCUAUGUUUUUGAAGAAAUAUGCAUUGUUCUUACAGCUUUUAGAGUGUACAAUCAAAAUGUUUCGUGAUGAAGAAUAGUAUUUUCGAUUAUAAGAAAAGCCCGAUAUAUUCGACAUCAUAAUUUAAAACCUUCAUAACAGGGAAUUACUAGUUCCGCGCAAAAUACUUCCGCCUUAUUAUUAGAUAUGCAUGCAUAAUUUUACGUGUACAUGCAAUGUAAAUCUAUAUCGAUCAACGUUAAUGCGCUUUUACAGCCGCGUAGUUACAGGUAAUCUGCAUUGAAAUGUAAUGUAUGUAAACGUGAUAAAACGGUCGGGCAUAUAGAUCAUGAAGACUCUUACGUUAUUAUUAUUACCAUGACAAUAGCCAUAUUAUGUAAAAUGAAGUGAUACAUCACGUUGUAAGGAGUAAAAUGCAUAGAAUAGAGAACAGCAUAAAAGUCGAGCAAUUAUGCAAAGUAUUAUUGAGAUACGAAAUAAUUGUUGAAUAUUUUGAAAUUUAUUAAUUAGAAUUUAUUUUUCGUAAAUUAGAUAAAGAAAAAAAAUGCGCUUUUGCGCGAUUAGAAUAAAAAGUAAAUUUUUAAGAGGAUGCCAAUUUAGAUCACUUCAAUUAUUUUUGCAACGAGAUCGAUUAUUAAUGCAUAAUGAAUUUAAAAUUUAACUUGUACAUACAUAUAUAUUUAUGAAUAUGCCAUGUAUCUAUAUGAACAAGUACAAACGUACCAUGCGCAUGCAAUUUUAUUUUCAGCCAGAAUUUAGAAAUUGAAUUAAAAUUUGCAGUUUAAUUAAUAUUGCUUCCUACGUUUAAGUUCUUAGUAAUUUUAUUCCAUGAAAAUAUGUAUUAAAAGCCAAUAUUCGUUUAAGUUUAAAUAUAUUAAUGUUAAAACAAUUUAUUUAUCAUAUUGCAAUUGUUGAUAUAAUAGAAUGAUUUAAUACUCACAAUCAGCUAAAGACCCUCAGCACAUUCAAAAAUAUCGUUAAGAUAAUCGUGUGUUCAAAAGUAUUAAAAUAUUUAUAUAAAAAAAAUGCUAAAAUAUAUUUAUUUAGCGUAUCUGUAUAAACAAAAUGUACUAUUAUUGCUAAAUAUAUAGCUUUAUUUUCAAUACAA